AGAGUUGUUCAUUUUCACUGUUUUUCUCUGCUUCUGCAUCAACACACCCUCUGAAGUUUUCUCUACCGGAUUGAUUUGGCCAAUUCCCCGCGCGCGCGAAACCCCGCAAGAAGUCCUCCUUACUUUUCCUCUCCUUCCCCGCCCACCUGAGCGCAAGGAAUCCAAUCCGUGGCCGAGAGAUUUUGCGGUGUGGUGUUUUCGCGACGAAAUCUCUUGGAUUUGCAUUCUGUGUGUGCUUCAAUCAUGAUGAUGGUGUAUGAAUUACUUGUGCAAACGUUGGAUUAUUUGAACUGACAGGCAAAAAACCUUGAAGUCAUCAGCGUUGCCGCGGACGCUGGAGAAUUCACACAUGAGUGGGUGAUUCGAAAGAGUGCUGUAAAGAAAAGAAAAAAAUAUCCCAGCAAGAUGGCCUACGUUGUGUGGAGAGUUCUUAUGAAAAAGUACACCAAAGCCCGACUUGGACUACAACGAAAUCCGCAGCUUGUUCAACCGUCACAUGGCGGGAAUACGUCUGAGAGCGAGAUGAACGCCAGGAUCGUAAGAAACAUGGAAGAGCAUAACGCCCUGGCCUGCCAAGACGCCACCAUUUUCAUCUUGGACGAGAGUGCUAGCUAUAAUAAUAGCUUAAUUCGCGGCGAUGUGCGUCGCAGCAAGUCGCGCGUUCGGUCGUACUUGAAGCGCUGCAAGGAUGCUCUGAUUGGCACCUCAUCAUCCGCGGAGGACAGCUGUCCAACCACCCACGAGGCAGUCUCCCAGGCGCCAUCCGCGACCUCCUGGUACCGCGAAACCGCGCCCGAUGACGGAGCGAAGGUCAGCGGCACGGAUGACACGGAGGGUCCUUCGGCGCAGGACGAGGCUGGAGCAUUGCCAGGGGAAACUCCUGCCGCCACAACUGGAGGUGGCAUCCAUGGAAACGAGCGAAUGCCGCCCAUGCGAACAUGGCACUCAAAAUCAAUUUCACCGCCAAUUGAACCCCUCAAUAAUGAGCACAGUUAUAGCUGCGAGGGAUCAAAUGAACUGACGAGGAGAGAAAUCACGUGCUUCCUGGAGUUCGGCUGCUGGAUCACGCUGCCAUCCAUGAGAUCCGAGAGCGCAGUUGACACGGACGGUGGCAGUGUUGCGACGCUGGUGGACAGAUAUCUGAGUCAUCUCUAUCCAGGCUACCAUGACCAUGUGCGUUCGCUGCUCGUACGGCAGGCCCGCGAUCUUCUCGUGUGCACCUUCCACGGCAACCUGAGUCGCUUCGAGGCGGAGUUUUUAGCACCAGGAGCCGAGCUCAUCGCUGAUAUCAAGCGCGUGUGCAGUUGCGGAUCGUUGAAUUUAGCGAAUGGGAAAAGUGCUCAUUUUUGCCCUCACCAUAAUUAUCAUAUGAUGACGCCUGGGACGCUUCGACAGCCCACAACUCUUGCCAUGCAAAACGCAUGA